AUGACUAUGAAAUAUGGUAAAACAAUAAUUAAUUUAUGCAAUAUCACAUCAAACAAAGUUCAAGUAGAUAUUACAGGAUAUUGCGUAGAUUUUGCAAAUUCUGAUUCCCGUAUACAAUUCACCACAAUUCGAUCUAAUAAUCAAUCAAGUAAUUGGGCAGUAAAUUUUCAUCGUUCAGAUAGCAAUAAAUUGAUUUCGGCAAUAUCAUGUAAUUAUAUUGAAAAUAAAGAUUUUGCCGGUAAAGCAAGAUUAAUCAUGAAUUUCGGAACCGCAGAUUCAUAUUUGUUUGGCUGCUGUCUUAUUGGAAAUGAAGUUAAAUAUGCUUUUGAAAAUCAAAGAAAUUCAUUCAUUGUUAAUAAUACAUUCACAGAUAACUAUCAAACAUUAUCAAAAGAAGUUAUAUUCACAGACAAGAUUUUAAAUACAGAUUGCAAUAUUAUAUAUAUUCCUGAUUUACCUAAUUAUGAAAACAAAGAAAUGAAUGCAGAUGAUGAUUCAUGGGAUAUAGAAAAAGUUAAAAGAAAAGUUCGGUAUCUUGAUGAGAAACCAAAAAUAAUUUAUUUCAUCAUUUCUUGA